AUGGCAGCCCCAGUGACCAGGGCCGAAGUUCUCAAAAUCUACAAGACCAUGUUGAGGGAGAGUAACAAGUUUUCAUUCUACAACUACAGGAUGUACGCAGUCAGACGCGUGAAAGAUGCGUUCAGGGAGCAAAAGGCGGUCAAUGACACUUCAGAAAUCCAACAGCACCUGCUUGAGGCACACAGGUUUUUGGAUAUCAUCAAGCGACAAGCCAUUGUUGGAGACUUGUACAAAUUCGAUAAGCUCGUAAUCGAAGUCGAGAAUAAUGAAAAACAUUAG